GGGAGGCUGUGCCGGGCCACUGCCCCACUCAGAGGGACACUCGGAGCCCUUCGUUCCAACCCUCGCAGCAGAACGCUCAACGCCCCGGGGAGCUCAGGCAUUCGGGCGGGAUGGCGAGGGAGGCAGAAGGCGCCCCGAGGGUUCUCAGGGACGCGCCCCGACCCCGCCCGCUGUCCGGGGCUGGGCGGCGGCUCCGCGCCUCAACAUGGCGGAGGCGCCCCGGGCGCGGCUCUCGCCCGCCAGCACGGCCUGGGCACCCGGGCGGGGCCUGCGCUCCCCCCGCCGAGCCGCUCCCGGCACGGAGCCCCCGCCGCUGCGGGAGCUGCUCGCUGAGUCUCGCCCGCGGCCCCUCGCCUGGGGCGCGGCGGGCUCGUCACGCCCCGCGGGCGGAGUGCGCCGCAUCCCCGGUGGCGGCGGCGGGGAGCGCCGGGAAUGCCGUACACAUAUACAAGCAAAAUAUGCUCCCUGCAAAGACAUUACCAGCACAGCAAAGUGUGGGAGACACUGUCAUCAUUUUGAGGCUGAAAACUGCCACAUCUCCCCUGUUUGAGACUAUGCCAAUGUGGGCUGGCUAUGCAGCAAGGAGAUCAGGGCUUUAGUUGAUUCCCCACAAUGUUUGCAAAAGCAACGAAGAAUUUUGUGAGAGAAACUGACGGUGGAGGUGACUUGAUCCCUGUCUCCCACUUGAACGCCUCAGAUAAGCUGCAGCUUUUGAGCUUAGUUACGAAGAGGAGGAAAUUCUGGUGCUGGCAGAAGCCCAAGUAUCAUUUCUUGACAGUCACCCUGAGUGAUGUGCUUACUGAAGACAAACCAAUAAAACCAGUGAUUGUGGAGUCUGACUUUGCAAAAUAUACGGGAAAGUUCGAAGAUUUUGUUCAAGGAGGUAUUGAAGCAUCAUUUGUGAAGAUCAGCCUGGGAGCUGGAGGGAAGGGCUACGUGGAAAACCAGUCCUCAUUUGGAAACCUGAGGAAGCAGGAGAUUGACUUGCAGCAGCUUAUGAAAGAUGUCAAGGACAGAACAAUAGAUCUAAACAGUAGUUUACUGCAACAAGUAAUAGAAAGAAAACGUGAAGUGCUGUGCAUCUUGAGAGAAAAGAUAAUCACAACUCAGAAGUGCACGAUAUCCGAACAUAUCCAGACAGAAGAAAAAGUCAGUGGUGUGAUGGGAUGCACUGCAAAAACCGUAAAGGUUUCAGUAAGUGAAAGUGGAAGUCUGGUGAAGGAUUCUAGCGUGAUCCUUGAAAUUCCUCCUGCAACCACUAUUGCCUAUGGUGUAAUUGAACUGUUUAUAAAACACAACGGCCAGUUUGAGUUCUGUCUGCUAGAUGAACAGCAAGGAGGUUUUGAAAAAGAAGGCACAGAAGGCUCAGCUUAUCCCCAUUCAAUUCAAUUCAGAGAUGUUUCAUUCCUCUAUCAGCCAGAUGCUGUUGAUAAUGAGAUGUACUCUGGGGCUAAAAACCUCGUUCCCAGUGAUGCUUCUAUAAGUGUAUUGAAACAAGAUCUGUCACGGUUGAAGACCCAGUUCCAGCCCUUUGUGAAGCUUCCGGAGGGCAAGCAGAGAGCUUUAUAUAAAACCCUUUGUGAACUCCUACUCCGUGAAGAAAUGUUGACUGCCCUGGGGGACAUGUUCGAUGAUAUCUGCACAGGAGACAAGCCAGAUCUGGAUGAGUUAAAACCUGAACAACAAAGAGACCUCCUUGACUUCUUGCAGCUCUUAGGUUGCAGUUUACAGAGUGAGCUGUUGUUGCAGAAAUACCAGCCUCAGGAUGAAGAGCUUUUCUCAGCUGCUCACCUUCUUAUCAGUGCUGUAUCUGAGCUGCCUGAUGACACGCUUGUCCUGCUGCGGGCCUGCUGUGAUCUUCAGGUUGUUCCAGCCUUGUGUUCUUUGCCUAACGCGGCUUCAGCUGCUGGCAGCGUGGCGCUGAGCAGUCCUUUGGUGGCCACUCUCGCCGACAGAGGAAGAUUUGAGGUCGCACAAAGGCUGUUUGCUUCAUCAAACAUUAAUCUGGAAAUGACAGAGUCUUCUGUAAAAGCUGUAACUAUGAAAGAACCGAGAUUCUUCCCGUUUGUUCUUUUUGUUGCACUGUAUGGAUUGCAUGCUUUAGGUGGGAGUGUAUAGGAGCUGUCCUGAGUAUCCAGUUUUUGCUCUAGCCCGUUGUUUGUUCUGUAGCUCUGUAAUUUGGUGUGUUUGGAAUCAUCACAGAACUGUUCUAUUGGUUCUUAAGGGCAGCACAGCCAGGAAUUAGGGUGACCAGGGGACUCUGCAUCAGUGGAAAAUACAUAAGUAAGGGAUGAAAGGGAGAAAUUAAAAAAGAGAGCCAUGGAACAUAAAUUGAACAUGGCUGCUCUGGUAGGUGCGAGAUCUGCAGGGCAGUGAAAGCCGGAUUGCUUGCAUUAAUAUGCACGGGAGAAAACAGCAAAGUCCAAACUGCUUUUUGUAAGCAAGCAAACGGGCAGGCCCUGGAAACCCAGGGGUCUGCAAUGCAGCAGCUGUUUUGCUCCUUUGAGCCUGGGUGUGCAGAAUGCCUUCACUCUGGAGCAAGUGUAAUGGAAGGCUCUUAAAAGGUACUUGAUUAGAUUCUCUUAUUAAUUAUUGUUUGUCUUUUAUGGAUGUGAACUGCACACUGCAGGAAAUAACAAAGCCUCUUUUUUAACAACCAAGAUAAUUUCAGGGAUUUACACCUCUGUACAGCAUUUCUGUUUUCUGGUAUGUUUUUACUCAUGUUAGCUAGUUUCAGCUGUUUAAAUGCAUUCUGUACUUUGAGGUAUGGCAAUGCGUUUUGGUGUGUGCACAUGAAGGGUCCCCUGCUGCACACCACAGAAAUGAUCAUUUUACCCACACGACCUUUUCAGGGCAGGUAUUUUGCUAGUUUCUUUGACUAACAGCUAAGUAUUAGUAAAGCACUGUGUGCUUCAACUAUUUCGCCAUUUUUUCAUCAUCAUUUUUGUAAUCAUGGAUGGAACAGAAAUGCAGCAGAGAUCACUGUAAAUGUGGGCCUGGGAAGAUGAUGUUCCAAGUAGGCGGAUUAUCAGUGCUUGCAGAUGAAAUCAUGAGAUGGCUGAGAGACAAACAAGCAGGCACCUGUGUGGGGGUGAUCAGUAGCUGGCCCUGCAGCAUAGCUUCCUGCUGAGUUCUGCCGAGUUUCCUGCUCUGCUCCCACAUGGCCUUGGGCAGAUUGUCUAGGAAGCCUUUAAAAAGUCACGUCAGUUCAGCUUUCCUCAAGGAUGUGGACUUUGCAGAAAAGCAGCACGGUGCCUUUCCAUUCCCUGAGCUCAGGGUAGCCCAGCACGCUGGGACAUGGGCGUUUCUGCAUCUCGUCAGUCAAGUGAAGCUGAUGGCGUUGCCUGAACAUUGUGCUGGUGUAGAAGGAAAGAUCCUUUAGGAGGCUGGAAGCGUGGAACUCCUGUUCUGGGAGUGGUGUGUAAGUGGGAAAGUUGUCUUUUGCCCGUUGCUACUAAAAGUUGCCUCUGUAAUGACUUUACCAAAACUUUCUAUUAAAUGCUAUGUCAAAACAAUAGAAU